UGAGGCAUCCCUUAUGGAGUAACCACACGACUCAGAAGCAAGGCCCAAACGGGGGGAAAAUACUCAGGACUCAUCCGAGUUCCUUCAAUAUCUCAAGAGAAGAACAAGCUGUCAAUCAGUGUAAGUAGGGUUAUUCUAUAACGCUACAGUGUUGAUACUGAGGCAGUUUUUAAGAUAAUACCUAAACAGUUAACUUACAUAAUACAUAUUGUUCCUAAUCUUACACAUGCGGGAACUCAAACAAAACUAAAAAAUAAACCAAGAUGUCUUCAGAAAAGGGAGUAUCCAUUGGCAUUGACCUGGGCACCACAUACUCCUGUGUGGGGGUGUUCCAGCACGGCAAGGUGGAGAUCAUCGCCAACGACCAGGGAAACAUGACCCCCCCCAGCGAUGUGGCCGUCACCAACACACAGAGACUCAUCGGUGACGCAGCAAAGAACCAGGUGGCCAUGAACCCCACCAUCACUGUGUUUGAUGCAAAAACGUCUGAUCGGCAGGAAGUUCAACGACCAGAUCGUUCAGUCAGACAUGAAACUGUGGCCUUUUACAUGUUUAUUUAUUUAUUUACCAUUUUUAAGAAUACAAGCUCUAAUUUAUAACAAUAAAGCACUAAUCCUUCAACAAAUGGAAACAUCA